ACCGAAGGCGAGGAGGGUGGAUCCCAGGCGGCACCCACCCUUGAGCCUCUGCUUCCGCCUGUGAUUGGCUGCCCUGGGUGCCGGUCGCUACGCCACCCGCCUCUGAUUGGUCAUCCAGCCGCCGCUCUGCGCGGCGCCGGCUCCGCCCCCGUCGGGUGUUUGUGGUGGGGCUGCGGAGUCGCCGAUCCCGCCGGAAGCGCCAGGACAAUGGGGACCAGGGACGACGAGUACGACUACCUAUUCAAAGUGGUGCUUAUUGGGGACUCGGGUGUGGGGAAGAGCAACCUGCUAUCACGCUUCACCCGCAACGAGUUCAACCUGGAGAGCAAGAGCACCAUCGGCGUGGAGUUUGCCACCCGCAGCAUCCAGGUGGACGGCAAGACCAUCAAGGCGCAGAUCUGGGACACCGCCGGCCAGGAGCGCUACCGUGCCAUCACCUCCGCGUACUACCGUGGCGCAGUGGGCGCGCUGCUCGUGUAUGACAUCGCCAAGCACCUGACCUACGAGAACGUGGAGCGCUGGCUGAAGGAACUGCGGGACCACGCCGACAGCAACAUCGUCAUCAUGCUGGUGGGCAACAAGAGUGACCUGCGCCACCUGCGGGCCGUGCCCACUGAUGAGGCUCGUGCCUUUGCAGAAAAGAACAACUUGUCUUUCAUUGAGACCUCAGCCUUGGAUUCCACCAACGUCGAGGAAGCUUUCAAGAACAUCCUCACAGAGAUCUACCGCAUCGUGUCACAGAAGCAGAUCGCAGACCGCGCAGCCCACGAUGAGUCCCCCGGCAACAACGUGGUGGACAUCAGCGUGCCGCCCACCACCGACGGACAGAAACCCAACAAGCUGCAGUGCUGCCAGAACCUGUGAGCGCCCCGCGGCCCGCCCGCGUGCGCGUGCACGUGCGCGUCCCCGUCCUCCGCCCGCCCCGCCCCGCGCUGCGCUCCCCUGCCCCGCCCUCUCCGUCCCUCCCACCGAGCUCCGCAUGGCUGGCCGCGGCCCCGGAAGAACAGGAAGAACAGGAGUCGUCGAGUGGCAACUGCUGUCCCCGCUCGAGGAAAACCAGACCAGACGCCCGGGUCGCCGCGCCUGCUCUUCUCGGGUCCCAGGGUGCAUCUCGGCGGGCCAGGGAGGGUGGCAGGCUGGACAGGGCCGGCCAGAGGCGAGGAGGAGGGGCGUGCCGAGCGGGCUUCUCCAGUUUUCCACGGCAGACUCCAGGGAGCGAUCGCCUUCCUCCCUCUGUGGCCAGUUGGCCCCACUGACCCCCCCCCCCCCCCCCCCCAAUCCGCACCCAGAACCCCCUUCCGAGCUGAUGCUCGAAGAGCAAGGCGCCAGGGGGCCGGGGCAGGCGGACACUCUUGGCUCCCGGCCCCCUUGCUCCCCCACGCACAGCCAGCAGCGGCACACGCCUUCGACCUCUCCUGUGCGUGCGCGACUCCAGCUCCUGCCUGUAGAUUUAUGCUGGGACAAGACCCCUCUCCCCCCUCACCCUCCUUUUGCACGCAGCGCGCUCUCCAGCCCCUUGGGCCCCUCUGUGUCUUGUCUCCCGUCUUGUCAGGAACCUGUUUGCAAGUGAAGCAAUAUCUCCGUGUUUUGUAUAUACAACCGCUCUUGUAGCCUUUGGUUUUUUUGUUAUUGUAGAGAAACACAGAUUCUUUAUACACUUUGUAAGAUUGACGCCAAACCCCAGCUCUCGACCUCUUAUUCUCCCUGUGGCCCCCGCACUGUUGCCCCGAUGCCUCAUUUCUUCCGCCCGUUACUAAAAUGUAUAAUCCGACUUCCUGUACAGAAA